AUGCCGGUGGAGACGUGCACGAGCCCAGCUUGGUUGUCCGCCGACCGCUCCUCCAAACUCGAAAAGUCAAACCUUCUCCAGUACUACAAGUCCCUUCCGAGGGCGCCGGACAACGCCAUGCCUCAGAAUGAGUAUAUGGAACGCCACACCAAGCUCCAUGGUCGCCGCCUCGACCAUGAGGAGCGGACCCGGAAGCGAGCCGCCCGCGAGGGCCACGACGCCUCCGAGAAGGCCCAGAACCUGCGCGGCUUGCGCGCAAAGAUGUACGCCGAGAAGCGCCACAAGGAGAAGAUCCAGAUGCGCAAGCAGAUCAAGGCCCACGAGGAGCGCAACGUCAAGUCCGCCGCCCCGGAGAACGACCCCUCCAACCCCGUGCCCGCCUACCUGCUCGACCGCAACAACCCCACCUCGGCCAAGGCCCUCAGCUCCUCCAUCAAGAACAAGCGGUCCGAGAAGGCCGCGCGCUUCGCUGUGCCCCUGCCAAAGGUCCGCGGUAUCUCCGAGGAGGAGAUGUUCAAGGUCAUCAACACCGGCAAGAAGACGCAGAAGAAGGGCUGGAAGCGGAUGGUCACCAAGCCCACCUUUGUUGGGCCUGACUUCACCCGAAGGCCUGUCAAGUACGAGCGCUUCAUCCGUCCUAUGGGUCUGCGGUACAAGAAGGCCAACGUCACGCAUCCCGAACUUGGUGUAACUGUUCAGCUACCCAUUAUUUCCGUUAAGAAGAACCCCCAAAAUCCGUUGUACACACAACUUGGCGUUCUGAGCAAGGGCACCGUUCUGGAAAUUAACGUGUCUGAGCUCGGAAUCACCACUACGACGGGUAAGGUGGUUUGGGGAAGUCCCAUACGGCGGCUACGACACCAGAGAUUCCAGGCCAAAUCUUCAUUGACGCUAGCCUCGAACUCUGCACCUGCGGCCAAGGAGAACAGCAUUGCACUUCACGUGCUGAGAUUUCCAUAG